UCUUUCUCUUGCUGCGCGCCGAGACUAGAGCUCAAAUACACAUCAACUCGUUUAAUGGUUUUGAAGUACCUGUGUGUCUCUUUCUGCAGUUCGGACGCGAGCUUUCUUUAAUACUCCAACUGGAUAUUAUAACAUUUCAGAGUAUUUUUGAUGUUGAUUCGUCACUGGAAACACUAAAAUAAGGAAAAGGAGAAAAAAAACACAAAUCAGGGAUACCAAGUCCAGUCUUUUUGGUGGAUUAUUAACUUUUGAGACAUGCCAGAGAAGCAAGCCAUACCCCAAUCAACCUGCCUGACUCCCACCAAAAUCUCAGUUAUCACCCUUGGAAUUCUAGUAUUCCUGUCCGGGAUUGGUGUGGCUGCCUGGGCCAUUGUCACCUUCCUAGUCAAGACAGAAGAUCUUGGAUUAUAUGAUGCCUGUCUCUCCUGUUCAGUGCAGAUCAAUUCAGCUGACCUGCGGCUAUCUGUUUAUGACCGCACAGGCGGCAAGUGGAGGUCAGUCUGUUCUUCCAGCUACAAUGAAGUUGUUGCUCAGAUCAGCUGUGAAGAAAUGGGCUUUAUCAGGUAUCUGUCUUAUUCAGAAAGAACCGUCAGCACAGUUGGUGCCAAUGGCUCAGCUGGAUACUUUUGUGUUGAUGAGAAAGAGCUGCAGUUUGGCAAAAAGAUCCAAGAGGUUUUGUUUCCUUGUGACUGCGAGAGCGGCAAAGUCCUAACUGUCAACUGCCAAGACUGCGGGAGACGAAAGUUGCCUGUGGAUCGCAUUGUGGGUGGCCAAGAUGCCAGCCUAGGGAAGUGGCCAUGGCAGGUCAGCCUACGUUAUGAUGGCAGUCAUCUCUGUGGAGGCUCAAUUAUUUCUGACCGCUGGAUCAUCACUGCUGCCCAUUGCUUUUCUGAGAGACACCGAGUUCUCAGCCGAUGGCAUGUUUUUACCGGUUCCAUCUCCCAAACGUCCCCUGGUAAUAACCUUCCAAUUCAGGCUGUCAUCUACCAUUCUGGAUAUCAGCCAUUUGUGGAUUCAAACAUUGAUGACAACAGCAAUGAUAUUGCUGUAAUUUUCCUGGCCACCCCACUCACCUUUUCAGAGUAUAUUCAACCAGUGUGUCUCCCUGCACUAAGUCAACAACUUUCUGAUGGAAAAAUCUGCACAGUAACAGGAUGGGGUAACACAAAGUAUUAUGGUCAGCCAUCGGAUGUCCUACAGGAAGCCAAUGUGCCCGUAAUUAGUAACAGUGUUUGUAAUGGAGAGAAUUUUUAUUGGAACCAAAUCACCAACACAAUGUUCUGUGCUGGUUAUGCAGAAGGAGGCACUGAUGCCUGCCAGGGAGACAGUGGUGGUCCCUUUGUAUGUGAAGACAGUAUCUCUAAAACCAGUCGCUGGCGACUUUGUGGUGUGGUGAGUUGGGGAACAGGCUGUGCUCUACCACAAAAACCAGGGGUCUACACCAAGGUGAGCCAGUUCCAUGAAUGGAUCUCCAAUGCAAUGAGGACAUACUCUCAAAAGUCUGGAGUUUUUAGCUCAGGCUAGCAAUGUAAGCAGCUGUGGAGACCUGUCGAAGGAUAUUUUAACUGAAAAUGUGAAUCUCGUGCAAGUUUAGAUGAAGGACUUUCUAUGACUUUGACUGUAUAUUUCAGGGGAAAUUGGGUGGAUGCCUGGAUCUUCUCUUUUACUGUAUUGUUUUGGUUUCUUGAGCCAGGUAAUACUGUCACUUGCUUUUGUGAGCAGGAACAAGACCACAUAAUGACAUCAAUGGUUCAAAUGAUAUAAUUAGCUCACUGACUUUUUCAUUUUGAAAUUGUCUGAUUUUUUUUUUUAUCUGUGAUACUGAAUGUGCAGAAGAUAUCGUCUUCAUCACUGCAGGAGAGCGUUCAAAAGGGAUGUAGCACAAAUCUUUUAAAAUACAACCUAGGUUUAUGGUAGAACAUUCAGCCAUCCUUUUCUAAACCCCCAGCUGUGUGUAUUAUAGAACAUUUUCUCCUGAUAUACUUUGGGGAUGUACAGUACAUAAAGGAGAAAAUGGACACUUAUUAGACCAUGAGACUUCACUCUCUAAGCUAAUAUCUAAGAUGAGCCUAAUGAAUAAAUUAAUUUUUGUUGACCCAGUCUUUGGAGAUAUUUCCAAAAGUGCUGCUUUCAUGUUCACAACUCAGCCUUUUCCUUUUUACUUCAAGUUGUUUUUAUUAUUUUUAUUUUUCCUGAUAUACAAAUUCAUUUAUAAGGAGAAAUUAAUCUGAGUCUGCAAAGAGUUUUCUUUAGGUAGUUCCAUCAGAAAAAAAUGUAUAUGUAAGGUUCAUUGGCGGCUCUGAAUUUUCCCAUUGUGAGCGAGCAUAUAUUUGAAUCAGAACAAACUCGGUGUACAUUAAAAGUGCUAGAUCGAGGAAACACUUACCUUCUGCGUGAUGCUGGCUUGCUUUUCCUAUGCCAUUUUUCACCUAACCUCAGAAAGAAACAACAAGGAACUAGAACUAAAAAUCAGAACCAAGAAAAUGGCCAGAUUCUAUGUGUAUUUCCUUUAAAGACAAGAAUGUAUCCAGAGUAGUCACUUAUAUGUUUAUUACUUUAAAUAUAAGCAGUCAGUAUUUACAUACUCACACAAAUGAUAGAUGGUAAUUGUUUUUCUGCUUUUUCAUAUUUUUGUUACCACAGUUUUAUACAGUUUCCUUUUUCCAGCUUCUUUUAAUAUUUAUGCAUUAUGAUCGAUUGAGGAGAAUUGUUAAGGUGUCAGCCUGGUCAUCCAUGUAUACUUCUAAGGCAGUGAAAAAACAUAAACAGAAAGUAGCCAAAAAUCAGGCUUCAGGUCGCUUUGUUGCCUUAUAGCUGGUUAGUCACGCGGUAGCUCAGUCCUGUGCCGUGCUCUGUUCACAGAGUGACACCCCCUUCCUUCAAAUUGUGACUUGUAGGCGGGUGACCAGAAGGGGUGGAGUCACAUGCCCUCACUGGGUGUCUUCUCGGUGCUGUGGAAGGAAUAAGAGAGGCCAUGAUUAGCGACAGCGACCCCGGUAACAGCACAUUAAGUGUCCAUAAUUACACUGUAACUACUAUGUAAUUACCUGUAUAAGUACAGUGUAACUAUGAGUUAUUACUCUGUACUUACUGUGUAAUACAAAGUAACGCCAUAGUUAAUUACUCAGUUGUCAUUGUUAUUCCAAAGUUUUUAUAAUUACAAUGUAACAAUUUAUCACUGAUCCAAAAACAAGUGUACUUACAUAGUUACAAUGUAUCUGUACAUUCAAAAUGUAAUAAAAACAUCAGGGUAUGUAAUUACAACUAUGUAACAGAUGUUCCAUGGUCUGGGCAAUUUUAACGGAGAAUUGCAGUGAUAACUGCAUAGGUUUUCAAUGAUAUUUGAAGAUCUGUUUGAAAUGCAAGCUGUGCUCCAGUGUAAAUGCAACAUAAUUUUUCACAAAACCGAGCAUUUCCCAAAACAAAACUAGUCCAGACCUCUAAAACAAGAGGCAUAAACUGUCAUUUCCCUGACACAUCUUUUUGUUUUUUAUGGUGAAAGUCUUUUAUUUCCUGUAACUGUGAGGAGGUAACUGUUGCUUUAAUAUUUAAGUGAGCCCAUCCAUCAUCACACUGCUCACUUGUUCAGUCUUUUCUGGGGUCUUCACUACAAUAUUUUGUGAUUCCUUGUAUCUGCCCUACUUUUUCUCGUUGUCGUUGCCCCAUCAUUAUGUUAGUGUUUAAUACUGGCCAUGUUCUGGUCUUGUACUGAUCGUCACUCAUCAUUUGUUGGUUUCUUGCCUUUUGCCUCUCAUCACAAGCGUCUGUCACCUUUCCAUCCCAUGAAUGUUGCUGAAAAUCUAUUGAAAUGGUUACCAGUUUAGCAAGAAAAACAGCUUAAAGUCUUCCAUAAUAGUUUCUCUUAGCUGUUAGUGAUUAUGAUUACAUAUACUGUCACUAUUUAAUGAUGAUUUAUUUUAAUAAUGGCAAUGUAUUCUAUCAAUCAGGGAGCAACCUCUUUAAUAUAGCUUUAAUAUUUCAGGUUAAGUUUAAAAAGUCAUAACCUAAUAUUUCUUGUAAAUCUGAGUAUAUUUAUAACAUUACGUUCUGAUCCAGUUCAGGGUUGCCUUAGCCUCAGACUUAUUCCAGCUGGGCACACAGCAAAAACAAGCCUUUGGCUUGAUGACAGACCAUUACAGGGCACACACACUCACAUUGUGCCAAUUAAGAGUCACCAAUUAAUGUUACAUGCAUGCUUUUGAGGAUGUGAUAUUUUUCUUAAUUAAAAUUGUGGAAUAUUAAAAUAAAUAAGUAAAUACAUCUCAUUAUUAAUUUUUUAAAUGUUACAAAUAUGAUUAACUAUUAAUAUGAGGAGAAAUUUAUCAACUUCAGGUCAUUGCUAGUUUACGCAAAUCUCACGUUUGCAUUUUGCUUAUUUAAAUGCCAGCUGAAGACUCAAGUUACAGAAGUAUAUACUUUUAUGAUCAGGAUGGAAAUAGUCAGCUCAGAAAUGCACUUUUAAUGGACUAUGUGAAAGUGCGGUGGAAAAAAAAGAUCAAAAAUACCAACAGCCAAAAAAACACUAAGCAACAUUCAUUGUCAGAAAAAAAAAAUUCAAAGUAAAUCUCAACACUGACUAAUAAUCUUUACCUUUCAUUUAAUAAUCAUACGAUUCUUCACAAAGUUGUGAAUUUUAUCCAGAAUCUUGGAUACUGAUACAUGUUUGCCACCAUCUUUUAUACACUAGGUAUGAUAAAGUCUGCUGUUCAUGAGCCAAGCAACAGGCCCAUGUUAAAAACAAAAUGGCCACGACAAUACAGAAGCAGCCCAAAAAGUUGUUGUAGUAAACAUAAUAAAUGAAAUGAAAUAAUAAUCUUAAUAACACAAUAAAUAAUAGCCUUCUAAAUUUUUAUCACUCACAACAAUGUUAACAUUUUCUGGCUACAUUACUAUAUUUUUUAUUUUUACUGAGUAAAUCUGUAAGAAUAAUAUAUUAUGAUAAAGAAUAGAUUUACAAUGACAAAUUUAAAAGCUGCCAAAUAUUAUGCUGGUCUAACUAUUAAAAGUUUAAUGACAUAUUAUUAAAUAAAGUACAUGUUCAGGUUCAUGGUUGUAUAUGGGUUCUUAGUGCAUAAUUGCAUAAUUCUUUAUUUUAUAUAUAUACGUGUGUGUGUGUGUGUGUGUGUGUGUGCGUGUGUGUGUGUGUGUAUAUUGUGGAAACCAGGGGCACUCCAGCCGCCCCAAACCCACCCCGACAAAGCCAGGCAGAGACAUGAGUUUGCCACACAACACAUGUUUAUUCACGUGGGAAGCGCUUUUCUUGCUCCCCACAGCAUCACAACACAAAUAAACAGCACCAAAGCUUCUCUCUUUCUCCGUUUCCACUCCUCUCCCAGCAAGCUUUGUCCACUUCGUCUGACUCUGGCUCCCCGAGUAGUGGCGGCAGGCUCCAGAAGGACUCCAGGUGUCCAAUGAGCUUCUUCCGGUAACACUUCUGGGUGUGGCGGAAGUGCUGAUAAAUAGGGCAUGGGAAAUGACCAGGUGGCCCAUGGCGGUGGCCACGGGCCCCAGCAGUAUUGAGCUUCAAUGCUCCAAACCCUGUGGCCCUGCUGCAAGCCAAGGGUGCUUCCUUGUAGCAUUCCGGGUAAGAUAAUGUCCUGAAUAAACUCUGUCCCCCUGUCCUUCCACUAUCAAGGCUUCGCGGCCAGGUAAGGGCCCCGGCAGUCCACCACAAUAUAUAUAUAAUAAAGUAAAGGGCAUCCCAAAGCAUGUGGCAUAUCAUCUAAGAUGGGUUCAAGUCUGCAUAGUCAUUGUAGACCUCAGUGUAUUCAGCAUUAAUGUUUCCUGAAAUAUAUUACAUACUGUAUUAAUGGAAUGGAAUGCAUUUUGAUAUGCAUGUAGUAAUAAACUGCAUUGCAUUUUUCAUUCCAAGAGAUGGUUUACAUCAGCACUGCUUUUAUAAGUCCCAUACCAAAUGGGCAGAGCAACCAAGACACAGACACUUAUCCUUUUAUGAAGUUGGAGGAUAGCUGAUUUCUGUCUGUUCAACAGUCACUCUCUGUUAAUGACUGCAGUGCACCAUCAAGUGGGAUGUAUUUUGUAAUGCAUGUAGUAAUAAAAUACAUUGCAUUUUUCAUUCCAACCGAUGACACAUUACAAACAUUAUCACUGCCUUUACAAAUACCAUACGAAAUGGCAUAUAACAAAGACAUAGCAACUGAACUGACACACAGACACACACACAGACACUUGUUUGUUUAUUAAGGUGGACAUUAUUACCACGUAUGUUAUGCAGGUUUUCUAGUCUGUCUUAUCAUACACUAAACCAUCCCAUCAGCAGUUUGUUGAAUCAUAGCAAGAGGAGUCUAUAUUUGCUGGAUAAUGAUGAAAACAAUUGGAUUGGUUUUAGUUGUAACUUACACUAGGGUGGAUUUCUGCAGUCGUGGUUGCCAAGUCUAAAAUCUGAGAAGGUCAUUACUGCAGGAAAGCCAAAAAAUAAACAUUUGCCAUUUUUUUGUCCAUCUGCAGUGUUUGUUUAGUACAUUUUAAAAAUGCAAGCCGUAGUUGUUUUAAUAGUCUUUUUGUUGAUAUUAAGCUAUAUCUCAUAUAAGAUCUUAAAUCUUUUUCAGUGUAAAUAAUAAAAUAAUAAACACUUUUUAGGUUUCAGAUUAAGUAAUUACUCCUAGGGUGCUUUUAUUUUCAUAACUUGGUCUUUUUAUUUUACGUUAAAAUUGAAUCUCAGCUUAUUAUCCAUGUGUUUGAUACAGAAGUGCCUUUUUCAGGCCUAUGAAUGUGUGUAGCCUUUGACUGAUUAUGACCAAAUAUUAACUGCAAUGAAGUCUACAAUGCAAUGACUUUUCUUAAUUAUUUUUAAUUCUAAAAAAGAAUUUAAUUGUAUUACACAGCAUAUUUUGCACACUGGAUACCUGGUCAUUGGACCCGGAGUUUUUUGUUUGUUUUGUUUUUCUGUAAAUAUUCUUUUUGCUUGAUAUGUCAUGCAACUGUUUAUUUUAUUGCAUUUUUUUGGUCUAAACCAUAUAACGUUUUGAUUGCAGGUAAUGAUUUUUAAUUGUUAAUACCAUUUGCAUUGCUAUUUUUUGUAUUAUUUUGAAAUUCAUAAAAUCUCUGUUAUUAAUUA